AUGUUCUCAGGCUCAAUAUCUUCUUUUUGUGCAUCAUCACCAGUGGCUUUAUCUUAUCUUGACCUGUCUAGUAACUUGCUGGAAGGGCCACUUUCAGAUUGUUGGGGCAAAUUUAAAUAUUUACAAGUGUUGGAUUUGGCCAAAAAUAAUCUGUCUGGAGAAAUACCCAAGUCAUUUGGCACUUUACCAGAUAUUGAGACCAUGCAUUUAAAUAACAACAAAUUCUUUGGAACAUUACCAGAAUGGAUAGGCAAUAGCUUGCAUCGGUUGAUUGUUUUGCGUCUCCGAGCAAACAAGUUCCAAGGAAAUAUCCCAACAAGUUUGUGUAAUAUAUUAUCUCUUCAAGUAUUGGAUCUCUCUAACAACAAUAUCACAGGAGAAAUACCACAAUGCCUUGGUCACAUAAAUGCUUUGUCAAAAAUAAAGUUUCCAAGGAAAGACUUUUUCUAUGUUUCAGUCGUACCUUAUUCAAUUGAAGAUACUGAUAAAACAAACAUGUUUAUGGACAAAGCAAUAUUGGUAUGGAAAGGAGAAAAUAGAGAAUAUGGGAAAAUUCUUGGACUUACGACAAUCAUUGAUCUUUCUUACAACCACUUAACAGGAGAGAUACCCCAAAGUAUAACAACACUUGUGGCAUUAGCUUCCUUAAAUCUUUCAGGAAAUAAUCUCACAGGUUUCAUUCCUAACAACAUUGGUCAUAUAGAGAUGUUGGAAUCACUUGACUUGUCCAAAAACCAUCUCUAUGGAAGCAUGCCAUCCAGCUUUUCAAAAUUGAAUUUUCUGAGUUACAUGAACUUGUCUUGUAACAACUUAUCAGGGAAAAUUCCUAUAAGCACACAACUACAGUCCUUUAAUGCAUCUACAUAUGUAGGGAAUAAUGGACUUUGUGGCCUACCCCUCACAAAUCGGUGUCCAGGGGAUGCUAUUUCACCUUCGGGAAGCACUUUCAAACAUGACACUAAUGUUGGUGAAGAUCAACUCAUAACCUUUGGGUUUUACAUCAGCGUGGUGUUUGGAUUUAUUGUUGGAUUUUGGGGAGUUUGUGGGACUUUACUCAUAAAAAGUUCAUGGAGAUAUGCCUAUUUUCAAUUCUUCAACAACAUAAAUGAUUGGAUAUAUGUGACACUAGUUGUCUUCAUAGCCAGAAUGAAAAGAAGAUUCCAAAUCCAAGAUUGA